AUGCAACAACUUCUGCUUGCCGUUGCCCUCUUCGCUACCGUAUCCCUUGCCCGGCACCACCAUCAUCAUCAUGAUGAGAUGUUAGAAGAGUUGGACGAGCUGCCGGUGCGGAUCUCUCACCCGGUCAAAGUUGAAUUGGAGAAGCUGAACCCGCGUCUUGCCGCCGCCAAGAAGCACCUGCAGCCGUUCUUGAAUGAUGCUGGAGAAGUCCCGGAAGUCACCCGAUGCCUUGUCAACUACGCCGAGAAGGACGGCAUGGCCGUCAUGCUCGACAAGCCCGUCCUGAAGGAGUGCCGAAAAUCUGAUGAUAUGAACGACGGCGAGUGGAUUCCUGGCUGCUUCUACGCCAAGACGGGAGACUCUGAGAGCUACGACUGCUGGGUGCAUCAGCCGAUCUCCAUGAUGGCUGACUGCAAAAAGGAGUGCGACCCGAAGGCCGUCGACGGCACCGACACGUCGUUCUGCUGCUGCUGGGGCGAGCAAUGCACGUCCCCAUCCAACCGGGAAUCCGCCCGGCUGAAGCAGUUGAUGCGAUACGAGAUUGACGCU